AUUGUCAUCUCUGGAUUUGGCUGAAGGCGUUCGGCUGAAGGCUCUUUUAUAAGUUGUGAUACGGAAUCAUAGGUAGAGGAUUAACUCUCAGAUUCUUCGAAAAUAGUACAUUGCUUUUAAAGUUUCAGGUCUGGAUUGGACAUCGAUUAUCUUUGUCGUCACACAUUAUAUGCUUACGUUGACUCCAGUGAAGACACUUGAAUUUUCUCUCGUGACAAACACGAAGGCAAUUCGAACUGCGGGAGCACCGAUCUCCACUACCGCCCUCAGCAAUUCGCAGCUGAAAGCCUCGACCAUUUAGUCCUCUUCCAGGACCAUUUAGUCCUCUUCUAGGUACAUUAAAGAAUCCUCAGGGAUGACCGUCCAUACCAUAACCCUAGCGGUUCCCAGUCCAAGUGCGGCCUACGAUAACGAAGCCGCAGACAUCGACGAGAUUUCUCCCGCUGAGAUCAAGUCGUCCGAGGAAAACUGCGCAUCUCCAAAUUCGACUAAAUGUUCUGGGCGUGAGAUCGACGAAAAGAAGCGUCCUUCAGCUCGUCUGCGCGAGCUUAAAUUUCCGAAUCAUGACAGCGACGCCGGGAGUCGCGACUUUGCCGGCAAGAAUGUUGGCAUUAACGACACAUCCGAUGGUAAACAAGGCAACCUUGAAUCGUGUCGUGAGUUGUGGCGCUGCUGCAGGCCAGUCAUGAAAAAACACAACCCCUUGCCCCCCUCCCCAACCUGGGGCGACCGCAUCAUGUAUGCCUUUUCCUGUCCUCCUCAUGGCAAGGUGGGCGAGGUGCUGACGCAGGUAGUCCAGCUGCUCCUGGUCUGGGGGGCGCUGUACGCCGUCACUGGGGACGCCGCGGCCCCGGGCGGACACAUCUUCUCUCUCCUCGUCGUCUUCGUCUGCUCCGUGAUGGGCGGCAAAGUCACCGAGGCAUGCGGGCUACCCGCGCUGCUGGGGAUGUUGCUGGCGGGUAUUGCGCUGAGGAGCAUCCCGGGCGUCAAGAUCAUUGGGGAUAGUCUCAACCCCAGCUGGUCUGCCUCCAUCAGGAAAAUGGCCUUGGUGGUGAUCCUGCUUCGGGCCGGUCUGGGCCUGGACCCUAAGGCCCUCAAGACCAUGUCGUUGACGGUCUUUAGGCUCGCCUUCGUGCCCAGCCUCGUCGAGUCCACCACCGUUGCCAUCGUCGCGCACUUCCUCCUCGGCUUUCCUUGGCUGUGGAGCUUCAUGCUCGGAUUCAUCGUAGCGGCAAUAUCACCAUCAGUAGUAGUGCCGUGCCUGCUGCAGUUGUCGCAGCAGGGCUACGGCGUCGACAAGGGCAUCCCCACCCUCGUCAUCGCGGCGGCCACCCUCGACGAUGUCCUCGCCAUCUCAGGCUUCGGUCUGAUGCUCGGCAUGACGUUCUCUGAAGGAUCGUUGACAUGGCAACUUCUCCAUGGACCUAUUGAGGUGUUGAUGGGCCUAUCCUACGGGGCCGUAAUGGGCUUCAUCUGCUGGAUCUUGCCUAAUGAACACCACCAAAGCCGCUCGUUUCAGCAGUUCACCAUUCUUAUCAGCGCCGGCUUCUUUGCACUCUUCGGCAGUCAGAAGGACGCAAAGGAAAUGAAAAUCUGCCUCCACACUUCUGCGGGCAUCGGGUUCAGGCGGCAGUCCGGGGGCGACAAGAACCUUGUGGGUCAGCACUUCACGGUCGCCUGGGGCUACCUCAUGCCCAUGUUAUUUGCUCUCAUGGGCACCGAGAUACAAAUCAUGCAACUGGAGCUUGACACCAUAGGGCUGGGGGUUGCCCUGUUGUGCAUCAGCCUGACGUGUCGCGUGGUGACGACCUUCUUCGUGGUGCUCGGCAGCGGCCUGAACAUCAGGGAGCGAUUCUUCGUCGCCCUCGCCUGGCUACCAAAAGCUACAAUCCAGGCUGCGAUAGGCUCCACAGCGCUGGACUACGCCGUUCGCAUCGGAGCCGACGAAACCGAGAUCGCUCUUGCCAAGAAGGUGCUGACCAUCGCUGUGCUGGUGAUCUUGAUCUCUGCGCCCAUCGGGGCCAUCGCCAUCAUGACCUCCGCCCCCAGACUCCUGCAGCGCGCUAUUCAGCCCGCACCCUCUACCAGAGUCUAAUGAAUAGCUUACCUCCAUGGUAGUUUCAGUGUCAUUCCAACUAAUUGUAAAAUUAUUUAUUCCCAAAGUUCUACAUGUAAAUUUCUGCUUACUGCUUUACUCCACAAUGAAGAUGAGCCAUUUCGAGAAAUGGUUAGAUUUGAGCCGAUGUUACUACUGUUGGGAGAACAACGCUCCUAGAUACCUCUGAGAAUCUGGGAGCUUAACGCGCAUGAAUGAUCGACGUGGUUGAUAUAAUGUAUUUGCAUUAUCACUUUGCGCUGUGAUAAUUAAAAACAGCAAGCAACAUCGACUUCCUUUUUAUGAUGGCAGUUGUCAAUCCUUUAUCUACUGAUGCUUGUGAACAAUUGCAUGCAGAGUGUGGGUAGCUCGGAGAUGUGACGAGUCAAAGCUGAAGACGUUUGCACGAGUA